CGAGGCGAAAAUCAUAAGAGGAAGUUGGAACGUUAACAAAAAUUCGAAACUCUAAAUUAGCGCCAAAUAACUUCUAAACUAUUUUGACCAAAAAAAAAAAGAAAAUUUUUCUAAAUUCCAAAUCAGCCAGACAGAGAAGAAUGUGGAAGAAAGGAGAGCUAGUGUGGGUGAGCUUAAACCCUUCAGAUCCAUGGGUUCCGGGUCGGAUCCUUGAUCCAUGCGAACCGUUAGGAAUCCUCGUUUCCUUCUUCGACCUGAUGAAACCACGCUACGUUCCAAAGCCUUGUCUCCGAAGCUUCGAUCGCGAUUUCGAAACUCUAGUUGAAGAUUCGUUGAGGUUCCGCCGCUUCGUGAACAGAGCUCUGCAAACGCACUUCUGGCACAUCUCCUUUGGGCUUUGGUGUUCUUGCCAACCGCCGAUCGAUUCGCCGUACUUGGACAGAGGAUACUCUCUCCCUUGUUCUCCUCCUCUUAGUUCCGAUUCGGCUUUGAGUUUUGUUCGAGAGAUGGCCGUUUCGCGACGAGUGCCUCUUCGGAGAUUAGCUGAGACCAACGGUUCGACCGCUCAGAUCCUUAGCUUUAGGCGUUACGCUGUUGAUUUGAAUCGCUCUGAAUCUGUCUAUGAAGAAGUUAUAGAAAGUGCAAAGCUAAUGGAUAGUGCAGAGGAACAAGAUUGGUAUCUCGAUCCCUCCAACAACAGUAGUGAUUUGAGUCUAAGAGAUCCAUUGCCUAAGGAUAUCCAUUGCUGUUCUGUUGACAAAGUAGUUCAGAGUUGGAAUCCGAGGAGCCCUGUGAUCAGCUCUGAUCCUUGCGUUAUGAAAGCUUGUGCAACCAUGGCUAGAAGAGUUGAGACUGAUGUUCAGGUGGAGGAGGAGCAUAAGAGCGCUGUAGAAGAGUUGGAAGAUAGAAAUGAAAAGGAUGUUGAAGAUGAGAAAGGUCACAGUGAAACAAGUGAUAAGGAAGAUGAGACAUCUAAGAGAGAAGAGGAGGUGGAGACUGAGAACCUGAACUGUAGUGUUAGAGAAGAUGGAGAGGCAGAGAAGUUACAAGAUACAAUUGACGAGGAGGCUGGAGUUGAGACAUCAGAUGGUGAGUGUGGUGAUGAAGAAGAAGAAGAGGAAAAGGCUGAGGAGUCGAGGAGUAAUAAGAAGGUAGAUUUAAGGAAAAUGACACUAGGAGAAUGGUUUGAAUUCAUGGAGGUUCACGUGCAGAAACAGAUAGUUGAGGAGACGGAGAAGAUGUUUGAGCUAAUGAGAAGUAAAGCUUUGAGAGUUGACCAGUAUAUUGCAGAGCAGAAGCAAGCAAUGGGAAAAGGGAGUGUGUGAGUUAAUUAUCUAUACCUGAGAGUAUCAUGAUCCUCCUUUCUAAGUUAAGAUCUUUGUUAAUGUUGUUAUGUGGGUGAGAUUGUUAAAAGCACCUGUAUAAACUCACUUGGUGCUAAUCGAGAUGAUGAUUUUGUUUUGUGCUA